AUCUGCCAGUCAGGACCUGCAGGGUAAGCCCGUGUCCAUCCUCUUAGACCCCGUCUCAACCUCCUCCCUAUUACCCCAGCCCUGGUAUUGGGGAACAUGUAGGCCAGGAGAGAGGAAGAGUCCCGACAUUGAGCCAGAGGGAUGAAUUACACUGCCUGGAGUUGGUGGAAUUACGGCAUGUCAUUGACCUGCUGACUGUGAGUGAGUCCCGGCAGAUGGGAGCCGUGGCAGAGAAGAUCCGGACAGCCCUACUCACUGCUGGGGACGUCUACCUCCUGUCCACCUUUCGCCUGCCUCCCAAGCAGGGUGGUGUCCUCUUCGGACUGUACUCUCGCCAUGACAACACUCGCUGGCUGGAGGCCUCCGUUGUGGGCAAGAUUAACAAAGUACUGGUGCGGUACCAGCGGGAGGAUGGCAAAGUCCACGCAGUGAAUCUACAGCAAGCAGGCCUGGCUGACGGACGCACACACACCGCUCUCCUGCGGCUCCGAGGUCCGUCCCGGCCCAGCCCCAGCCUACAGCUCUAUGUGGACUGCAAACUGGGUGACCAGCAUGCCAGCCUGCCAGCCCUGGCCCCCAUCCCACCAGCAGAGGUCAGUGGGCUGGAGAUCCGGACUGGUCAGAAGGCUUAUUUGAGGAUGCAGGGCUUUGUGGAAUCGAUGAAAAUUAUUCUGGGCGGGUCCAUGGCCCGGGUAGGAGCCCUGAGUGAGUGUCCAUUCCAUGGAGACGAGUCCAUCCACAGUGCAGUGACCAGUGUGCUGCAGUCCAUCCUAGGGGAGCAGACCAAGGCACUGGUCACCCAACUCACCCUCUUCAACCAGAUCCUGGUGGAGCUGCGGGAUGAUAUCCGAGAGCAGGUGAAGGAGAUGUCCCUGAUCCGAAACACCAUCAUGGAGUGUCAGGUGUGCGGCUUCCACGAGCAGCGUUCGCACUGCAGCCCCAACCCCUGCUUCCCCAGUGUGGACUGCAUGGAAGUAUAUGAGUACCCGGGCUACCGCUGUGGGCCCUGCCCCCCAGGCCUGCAGGGCAACGGCACCCACUGCACCGACAUCAAUGAGUGCGCUCAUGCUGAGCCCUGCUUCCCUGGCUCCAGCUGUAUCAACACCGUGCCCGGUUUCCACUGUGAGACCUGUCCUCCAGGGUACAAGGGCACCCGGGUGUCUGGUGUGGGCAUCGACUACGCCCGGGCCAGCAGACAGGUCUGCAAUGACAUCGACGAAUGCAACGAUGGUAACAAUGGUGGCUGUGACCCCAACUCCAUCUGCACCAACACUGUGGGGUCUUUCAAAUGUGGUCCCUGCCGCCUGGGUUUCCUGGGCAACCAGAGCCAGGGCUGCCUCCCUGCAAGGACCUGCCACAGCCCAGCCCAUAGCCCCUGCCAUGUUCAUGCUCACUGUCUCUUCGAACGCAACGGCGCAGUGUCCUGCCAGUGUAAUGUGGGCUGGGCAGGGAACGGGAACGUGUGUGGGCCCGACACGGACAUCGAUGGCUACCCAGACCAGGCACUGCCCUGCAUGGACAACAAUAAGCACUGCAAGCAGGACAACUGCCUUUUGACACCCAACUCUGGGCAGGAAGACGCUGAUACCGAUGGUGUUGGGGACCAGUGUGACGAUGACGCUGACGGGGACGGGGUCAAGAAUGUGGAGGACAACUGCCGGCUGCUUCCCAACAAGGACCAGCAGAACUCGGAUACAGACUCAUUUGGCGAUGCCUGUGACAACUGCCCCAACGUUCCCAACAAUGACCAGAAGGACACUGACGGCAACGGGGAAGGCGAUGCCUGCGAUGACGACGUGGACGGAGAUGGUAUCCCCAAUGGAUUGGACAAUUGCCCUAAAGUACCCAACCCACUGCAGACAGACAGGGAUGAGGACGGAGUGGGAGACGCUUGCGACAGUUGCCCCGAGAUGAGCAAUCCUACCCAGACAGAUGCAGACAGUGACCUGGUGGGGGACGUCUGUGACACCAAUGAAGACAGUGACGGGGAUGGGCACCAAGACACCAAGGACAACUGCCCACAGCUGCCCAACAGCUCCCAGCUGGACUCAGACAAUGACGGGCUGGGUGACCAGUGUGAUGCUGAUGAUGACAACGAUGGUGUCCCGGAUUACGUGCCUCCUGGCCCUGACAACUGCCGGCUGGUGCCCAACCCCAACCAGAAGGACUCAGAUGGCAAUGGCAUCGGGGAUGCGUGUGAGGACGACUUUGACAAUGACGCAGUGCUCGACCCCCUGGACGUGUGUCCCGAGAGUGCAGAGGUCACCCUCACGGACUUCCGGGCCUAUCAGACUGUUGUCCUGGAUCCUGAGGGUGAUGCCCAGAUUGACCCAAACUGGGUUGUGCUCAAUCAGGGCAUGGAAAUCGUUCAGACCAUGAACAGCGACCCUGGGCUGGCAGUUGGGUACACAGCUUUCAAUGGCGUGGAUUUCGAAGGCACCUUCCAUGUGAACACAGUGACGGACGACGACUAUGCAGGCUUUCUCUUCAGUUACCAGGACAGCGGCCGCUUCUAUGUGGUCAUGUGGAAGCAGACUGAGCAGACCUACUGGCAGGCCACACCUUUCCGGGCUGUUGCCCAGCCCGGGCUGCAGCUCAAGGCAGUGACGUCAGUGUCCGGCCCAGGGGAGCACCUCCGGAAUGCCCUGUGGCAUACUGGCCACACCCCUGAUCAGGUACGACUGCUGUGGACUGAUCCCCGGAAUGUGGGCUGGCGAGACAAGACUUCCUAUCGCUGGCAGCUGCUGCACCGGCCUCAAGUGGGCUACAUUCGGGUGAAGCUCUAUGAGGGUCCCCAGCUAGUAGCGGAUUCUGGGGUGAUUAUUGACACAUCCAUGCGAGGCGGGCGUCUCGGUGUAUUCUGCUUCUCCCAAGAGAACAUCAUUUGGUCCAAUCUCCAGUACCGCUGCAAUGACACAGUGCCUGAGGACUUUGAGCCCUUCCGGAGGCAGCUGCUCCAGGGAAGGGUGUGAGGUGGUGGCCGCACGGAUUCAGAAUCCUGACUUUAGACCCUUUGGCCCUGGGGUCCAUCCUGGAGAUCCUGGGGUCCAUACCACAGCCCCUCAGCAAACACCCUCCUCUGGGUGGGUCAGGAGUUAAGCCCCAGAGGGUUAGUGGCCCACUGUUCAGGGCUUCGGAAAUUUUCAGGGGGUCCUACUCAGGUACUAACCCCAGGAAAGAUAACAGCACAUUGCCAUAAAGUUUCAGUUGUUUUCUA